GCUCUCGCUCUAAUCUUCCUCUCGCUACCUCCACUUUACCAUAGUACUCUGCUUUUUUCUCUUACUCUCUCUGGCAAUGCAUGAUCUUCUAUCGGAUUAGAGAAGAAGAAGAAGAAUGCUGAAAGCUGUGGAUAGCUCAGGAGACGUUAAUGGUGGAUUUCGUCAAGUACAGAGCUUUUGCGGAGACAGCAGUAGCGAAGAGGAGUUAUCGGUUCUGCCAGUUCAUACGAAAGUGGUGGUGACCGGAAACAACCGUACGAAAUCGGUGCUUGUUGGUCUUCAAGGUGUUGUUAAAAAAGCUGUCGGCCUCGGUGGUUGGCAUUGGCUGGUGUUGACAAAUGGAAUAGAAGUAAAGUUGCAGAGGAAUGCGCUUAGUGUCCUUGAAGCUCCUACUGGUAACGAAGAUGACGAUGAUCUUGAUUUCGAACACACACACAUGAAUGGUUCGGAUAUGAUUGUUUCUUUCCCAGCAUCUGAAGACACACUGAAGCCUCAUAAGGUGAAGCAAAGAGGUCAGAGAUCAUCUCGGUCAUCUCACAAGUCCCUGAGCAGGUCUCUGUCAUCUGACUCCCAAUCUAAAAGCUCAUGUUUUACUCCCCCUCAAAACAUGAAAGUUGAUCUUAGCAAACUAGAAAUGCCUGCUUUGCUGAAAUACUGGCGACAUUUCAACCUCGUGGAUGCGAUCCCUAAUCCAUCAAAAGAGCAACUAGUUGACAUUGUUCAGAGACACUUUAUUUCUCAGCAAAUGGACGAGCUGCAAGUUAUUGUGGGGUUUGUCCAAGCUGCAAAGAGAAUGAAGAAAGCGAGCAAAUUCCAGUCAAAAGAAGCCAAAAACACUGAUCUUAACUGCAUCAGCUAAAAAGAAAAGCCAUUACUUUAAAACAGGUCCUGUAAUUACAGUAGUGCCGACUUGUUUAACCAUUUGUGGCUUGCUGCUAGUUUUAGUUCUUUAUGGAGAUGUUUGGCUAAGGAGUAGAAUGUUGUUUUCUUCUUGCUUCUGUUGUUUAGCCAUGUAACCACUGACUCUUUUCAAUUGAAACUAUAUGUUCUGAUCCAC